AUGGUCAUUAACGGCUGUGUAUUUAUAGACAAGCUGGUCCAUGUAGAGUUAAGAGCGAUAAAUUUUCAACAAUAAUGUUUGAGCUAUCUACCGUAUUUAUUGCUUCUUUCUUCUCCAUUAAUAUUCUUUCUCUAUAAAAUCACUCCCCUUUUUUUCCCUUCGUUCGUACUCUCCUUGCUGCUUUCCUUACUUCUUCCUCUCCAUUUUCCUUCUCCUUCACACAUCUCAAGGCCUCUUUCUUUUAUAUACACAUACUCUCACAUUGUUAUUUCUCAUCGAAACUAACCACCAUUCGUUUUUCUUCACCUGAACUCAUCUGGGUUUUGCUCAUCGUCUCCAUUUUCAUUUCCUUUCUCAAGUUUUCAAUCGAAGCAAGUGCGAUAUCAGCACUCGUUUUGUAAUUUUCCUUGUGUUUUUGGGCAAGCAUGUGAGUUUCCCUGCAGUGCAUACUAAUUUAUUUCGCUAGGGUUGCAGAAACACAUGGAUCUAUCAACAGCUGUAAUGGUGUUAGCAGCUAUUGCAGCUUACGUAAUAUGGUUCAAGCUGGCCUUUGGAUCCACCAACGGUCCACGUGUCUGGCCUUUAUUGGGUAGUCUUCCCGGUCUUAUUCAAAACGCUAAUCGCCUCCAUGACUGGAUUGCAGAAAAUCUUCGUGCUUGUAACGGCACGUACCAAACAUGUAUCUGCGCAAUUCCAAUCAUAGGCCGACGUGAAGGUCUCGUGACUGUCACGUGCGAUCCCAAGAACAUAGAACAUAUACUUAAGCUCCGGUUCGAUAAUUACCCAAAGGGACCUACUUGGCAUUCUGUCUUUCAUGAUUUGCUUGGUGAUGGAAUCUUCAACUCUGAUGGUGACACGUGGCUUUUCCAACGUAAAACUGCUGCACUAGAAUUCACCACCCGGACUCUACGUCAAGCCAUGGGUCGAUGGGUGAACCGGUCCAUCGAGAACCGGCUUUGUCCUAUUCUUGACGCAGCUCAGCUGGAAGCCAAGCCGAUUGACCUUCAAGACAUCUUGCUUCGACUUACCUUUGAUAACAUUUGCGGCUUAGCUUUCGGGAAAGACCCACAAACAUUAUCACCAGGGCUCCCGGAAAAUGGGUUCGCCACGGCUUUUGAUCGAGCCACUGAAGCUACUCUUCAACGAAUGAUCUUGCCUGAGAUCAUAUGGAAGUUGAAGAAAUGGCUUCGUCUUGGAAUGGAAGUAAGCUUGAGCCAAAGUCUUCAGUUUAUUGAUGAGUAUUUGUCCCAUAUCAUCAAUACGCGUAAGGUAGAGUUAGUGAGUCAGCAACAAGGUGACUCAUUCCAUGAUGACUUAUUAUCUCGCUUUAUGAAGAAAAAGGAGUCAUACACAUAUGAAUUUCUGCAACAUGUGGCACUCAACUUCAUCUUAGCUGGAAGAGAUACAUCAUCAGUCGCAUUGAGCUGGUUCUUUUGGUUGGUCAGUGAGAACCCAGAAGUAGAAGAGAAAAUCCUCAUGGAACUUUGCAGCAUUCUAAUGGAGACACGAGGUAGUGACACCACAAACUGGUUUAAAGAACCUCUAGCUUUCGAAGAAGUUGAUCGAUUGAUAUACUUAAAAGCAGCUUUAUCAGAGACACUAAGACUAUACCCAUCAGUUCCACAAGACUCCAAACAUGUUAUUGCAAAUGAUGUAUUGCCCAGUGGAACCUUUGUGCCAAAAGGAUCAAAUGUAACAUAUUCUAUUUAUGCAGUUGGUCGGAUGAAAUCUAUAUGGGGUGAAGAUUGUCUCCAAUUCAUGCCCGAAAGAUGGUUAUCAUCAGACGGCAAGAAGAUUCAGCUUCAAGAUCAGUUCAGAUUUGUCGCGUUUAAUGCCGGACCGAGAAUUUGUUUAGGUAAGGAUUUAGCUUACCUACAAAUGAAGACGGUUGCAGCUGCAGUCUUGCUUCGCCACCGGCUGAGUUUGGUACCCGGCCAUCGUGUCGAGCAGAAGAUGUCAUUAACGUUGUUCAUGAAAUAUGGUUUGAAGAUGAACGUGCAGAAUAGAGACUUGAAGCCUAUAAUGGAGAAAAUUUGUGAGAUAAGAAAUGAUGAAUGUGGUAAAAUUGAUUUCCUCAAUGGGGUAGAAAUGAGUUAAAGUGUAGGAUGAAGAGAAAAUUAUUACUAUAUGUGAAACUUGUUUCUUAUUUCUUCUGGGUCGACAUUAUGAUGCA